AUGAGAACGACCUCUGCAAACGAACUUCCCACGGUCGAGUCACUUGUGCGCUGGUUGCAUAAACGGUUAUUUGGUGAAUCAGAAAACGCGUCACCGAGUUCGGGUUCAACUCAUGGAGCAGGAGUAACAACAACGUCCACGUUGAUGUCGCCUUCCGUUGUAAAAACACGGUACAGCGGUGUGUUGAACUUGAAAGAUGCACUAGAACAAGUGCGGGAUUUUGAGCCUGAGAUUAUUGAGCGAGCACGCAUUGCAGAUGACAACGAGCGGGCUGCGAAGGCAGAGAAGCAGAAGGCUAUUGACAAAAUGAUGAAAACAUUGAAGCAGGAAAAAGGGUUGUAUGACAUCAAAGAAACCCUGCAAAUGCAACAGAUUUCUGGAGGUGACGAUGUCGCGGCGAAAGUGGCUACAGCAAAAGAGGACAAGUCUCCUCGACAACAGUGGCGUGAACGAACCUCUUCCAAGAAGAAAAAAUCGGACAUGGCAGAUGCAGCUGGUAAAAAGACAAGUGAAAGGAUGAACAAGAGGGUCCGCGACUUUGGGAAAGAGUACCAGCUACAAAAGACUGACGCGGCAUCGCAGAAGCGGAGUGCGGAAUUGGAAGCACGUGCUGCAGCAGCGGAAAGACGAGCCGAACAAGAACUUAGCACUCUAGCUGAAAGUACUAAAGCAAAUGCGAAGCGGAGGAGCACGAUCGACGUUCCUGCUAGGAAAACGAAAAGCCUAGAUGCUGAGAAGGGAGAGAGUGCCGAAAGCAAAACUACAAAAGGAAAGUUGGAGAAUAGUUCAUCCAAAUAUCUAACGCCGAACAACUCCAACUCGAUGAAUCCAGAAGUUGAAUCAGACACGCCACUCCCGCCAUUGGAAAAUCUCAUCUAUCAGGUUUCGUGGGCGCAAACGCAGGAGAACGUUUACAUGACCCUUUCCUUUUCCUCGCAGCUGAAAGAAUGUCUCGCGUUUUUGGGAAAGUCGAUUUCCAAUGCAGUGGCCGUCACGGUAACGGAUGACGC